CUUCAUCUCUUUAAACCAAACAGCUUCUUCCUUUUGCCAGGUCCACUUAGGGUUUGGAUCCGAAUUCAAGCCCAAAUCUCCAAAAAAAUCCUAGCCACCGUUCUCGGAGCUCCGACUCCGGCCUCCUUUUACGGGGAAUUUCAGUUUCUGAACUACGAUGGCAACAGCUGAAGCAGACAACAAUGAUGCUCUGGCUAUGAUUGAAGGGGACAAUGCGCAGACUAACAAGCGGAGGAAAAAGAAGUCCAUAGUCUGGGAGCAUUUUACAAUUAAAACCGUAAGUCCUGAUUGUGAAAGGGCAUACUGUAUGCAGUGCAACCAAAGUUUUGCAUAUAGUACUGGCAAGAAAGCAGCUGGUACCAGCCAUCUCAAGCGCCAUAUUGCCAAGGGAACCUGCACAACUCUACUGCGCAAUCAAGCCAAACAAUCAUCACCUGGGAGUGGAAAUGGCAGUGUAACUGAUCCACCAAAACGUCGUUACAGAUACCCUGGCACACCCUAUGUUGCGUUUGAUGCAGAGCGUUGCCGCAAUGAAAUUGCUAGGAUGGUCAUCAUGCAUGACUACCCUCUUCACAUGGUUGAGCAUUCUGGCUUCGUAUCUUUUAUUCAACAUCUUCAGCCUAGGUUCAACACUGUCAGCUUCAAUACCAUCCAUGGGGAUUGCAUUGGAAUGUACUUGAGCGAAAAGCAGAAUGUUAUGAAGUUUAUUGAGGGAAUGCCUGGACGAGUUUGCCUUACGUUGGAUAUGUGGAUCUCAAGUCAAAGUUUAUACUAUGUCUUUGUGACUGGGCACUUUAUUGAUAGUGAUUGGGAGCCACAUAAACGGGUGCUUAACGUUGUGAUGGAACCAUAUCCGGAUUCAGAUACUGCUCUUAGCCAUGCUGUUGCUUGUUGCCUUUCCGAUUGGAGUUUGGAGGGCAAACUAUUUUCUGUUACUUUCAAUCAUCCGGUGAGCGAAGCUGGGCUUGAAAGUCUUAGAUCCCUACUUUGCCUUAAAAAUCCUCUUAUUCUCAAUGGUCAAUUGUUGAUCGGGAACUGCAUUGCUCAAACUUUAAGUAACCUUGCGAAGGAGGUGUUAUGGGCUGGGCGGGAAAUUAUCAAGACAAUCCGUGAUAGUGUAACGUAUGCAAAGACUUCGGAAUCCCACGAGGAAAAAUUUCUUGACAUAAAGCAACAACUGCAAGUCCACAGUGAGAAAGAUCUAUCCAUUGAUGAUCAAUCUCAAUGGAAUACAACAUAUCAGAUGCUGCUUGCCGCGUCAGAGCUAAAAGAAGUAUUUGCUUGCUUGGAUACAUCGGAUCCUCAUUACAAAGAGGCCCCAUCCAUGGAAGACUGGAGGCAGGUUCAGACUUUAUGUGCUUUCCUGAAACCUCUCUAUGAUGCAGUCAGCAUGCUCAACUCCACAACUAAUCCGACAACAGUUGUGUUCUUUCACGAAGUAUGGAAGAUCCUGACAGAUCCCGCUCAUGCAGUUAUAUAUGAGGAUUCAUUUGUCAGCAGUCUUACCAAAUCCAUGCAAGAAAAGCUAACCAAAUACUGGAAUGAUUGCAGCUUGGUAUUGGCAAUUGCAGUAGUCAUGGAUCCCCGUUUCAAGAUGAAGCUCGUCGAGUUCAGUUUUAGGCAAAUGUACGGUGAGGAUGCGGAGUCCUAUAUCAAAAUUGUGGAUGAUGGGAUUCAUGAGCUCUUUCUCGAGUACGUUGCACUUCCAUUGCCUCUAACUCCGACUUAUGCUGAAGAAGGUAAUGACAGCAAUAUCAAAAUAGAGCACCACCCGGGCACUCUUCUGACAGACAAUGGACUCGCUGAUUUUGAUGUAUAUAUCAUGGAGUCUACAAGCCAGCAGAUGAAGUCGGAGCUGGAUCAGUACUUGGAAGAGUCUUUAUUGCCUCGUCUGCAUGAUUUUGAUGUGUUAGGGUGGUGGAAGUUGAACAAACAGAAGUACCCAACUCUUACCAAGAUGGCUCGAGAUAUCUUAAGUAUUCCGGUAUGCUCUGCUACUCCUGACUCCAUAUUUGAUACUAUGACCAAAGAGCUGGAUCCAUACCGAAGUUCUUUGCGACCCGAGACUGUAGAAGCCCUUGUGUGCGCCAAGGACUGGCUUCAGUAUGUUUCUGCCGAAGUUCCUUCAAACGCAGUUGUGAAAAUGGACUUUUAGGUAUAGAGUUUGCUCGAGUAUGAUGUGUAAUGAUGGUAGGUUUAGUUCUAUGAGUUAGCAGUAGGUCCUUUAAUCAAUCUGAACAUUCUUUAAGGCUUUUUGUCCUUCAGAAACUAUGAAUUGGGUGGUCAAUUAUUGAAUUGAGUUUUUUUUUUUGUAAAUAAAGUUUUUAGAGAUUUUUCUAUAAA